ACCACAGACGGUGGGCGGGGCUUGGAGUGUAGACGUAUACAAGUUGGAGUCCGCGAAAGGCCUCUUGUCUCUCUUCCUCAAGUCCUCUCCACUCGUCCUCAACAUCUUAACUACUUCAACAACUAUUCGUUUUCAACCAUGGUGGCUAAACAGAGGAUCCGGAUGGCCAACGAGAAGCACAGCAAGAACAUAACUCUGAGGGGGAAUGUUGCCAAGUCCACGAGGAAUCUCGGGGAUGAUAAAGGUGUGGUUGGACCCUGGUUGUUGGCCCUCUUCAUCUUCGUGGUGUGUGGAUCAGCCAUAUUCCAGAUAAUCCAAAGCAUCCGUAUGGGGGCUUAGAGUGACCUCAUCUCUUGGCGGGGAGGCCAUGGUGGUGACCAAAGGAUCCUGGUUCUCUAAUUCAUGUUGAAUUUACAUUUGUACACACCUUCCCGUCGCCAUGGUUACGCCAGACCAUGAUAUUCCAAAGACUAUGGGGGUUCAAGGAAAGUUCUCCCAAAAAUCAACUUGAUUAUCAUCAUCGCCGUUUUCUUCAUCAUCAUCAUCAUCAUCAUCAAUGUCUUCGCCACCAUCAUCAUCUUCUUCAUCUUCAUUCCCUGAGGUCACUGGGACCUGGAGCUGCGAGCAGCUGUUCCACAAUGCUACGACAACAUCAUGUCAAACCAAAUCCUGUUUUUUGUUUCAACAGUAAAUGACAAUACAUCAUGUGAAUUGAUGACGUUAAGUGAGAAGGAAGUGAUGACGUAAUAAAGGUUCACAUUGCU